GAGAUGCCAGUAGCUGAGGUGAGACGGGCGGAGCUGUGGGAGAAACAGCCCUUGCGGAGGUGAGGCCCUUCUGGUAGCUGUUGCCAAGUAACAAGCUGCCGGACAAUUUAGGCUUCAAACAAACCGUUAAUGUUUGCUUGCAGUUUUGUGGUGAGGAAUUGUGGCGGGAGCUCUAUUGGGUGCCUCCCUCUGGGGGCCACCUGCCUCUGUGUCAGGCUGGCCGUCCCGAUGGCCCCAUAGCACCUCUGCUCAUCACGCCCAGCCUGGGGUCCUGGGUCCUGGGGUUGCUCCCGCAGAGCCUCAGGCUGCCUUCUCUUGAUUCCAGGAAACACUAAUUCUAUCCCAGAUGGAGUUUGGGGGCCACACCUCAGCCACACUCAGAGAAGCCCCCAAGUGAGGAUUUGCCCAUGUGUUUCAAAUCUGGGUGGACGUGGAGAUGCAUGUGCUCCUUGAGUGGGCAGACAGGUGGAUCCGAGGGGGAUGCGAGAGGCCCAGUAGGGUCUGCACUUGACCAGGUGACAGCAGCUGACACCGCCUGGCCUUUAUUCUGUGAGCAUGGUGUGCCAUCCAGGGCACCAUCAGCCAGCACCGUGGGGUCCACCAUCCCAUUUCAUGGGUGUGGAAACUAAGGUAAAGGGAGGUGAGGGGCUUGCCCAAGACCACACUGUGAGUCCUGGUGAAGCUGGGGCCGGGCCCCUUGGCACCUCGCUUGGCACCUCCCUCGGCUUGUUAGUAGGCGGGGGUGGGCAUCUCCAGGGCCCCUGCAGAGAUUUGUGGGCAGGGCUGGUUUGCCUGCCACUGCACAUCUAUCACACAGGUGGAGGGGGGAGGACACAGGGGUACCACACUGGACCAGGGUCACUAUUGCUGGUCCCUCGUCAUCAAGAUGCAGUCCCACCUCACCUGCCCACGUAACUGUGACUGUGCCACAAGACCGCAGGGCAAACCCCUAUGCUACAUCCUAGAAGACAGAGCCCCUUGGGGCUGCACAUCACUGAGGGACAGAUAGCCCCUCACCCAGGGUCCUAGUGGAAAGCCAGCCUCUCCCCCCCGCCCCCAAACCCUGCCCUCCCUAAGUCAACUGCAGGUGGCAGCCUGAGUCAUGACCCCUUGACCUCUGCCCUGCCCCUUCCGGAGGCCUGGGGCCAAUGAGGGGCUGGAGGAGGUGGCCCUGGAGCCAGAGUAGCCCGCCCAGCUGGACCUGGAGCCCUGUCUCCCUCUGGCCUCCGAAGAGCCGCUCCGCCUGGGUCUCCUGCAGACAUGUGCAGCCUGCGCGCACUGUGCUCUGGCCUGCCCCUGCGGCCGCUCCCAGAGAACCGAGGGCGCUGUGCUGGGGUGCCCCACGCCCCGGUCCGGACCCCAGGCCUCAGCCCCACAGAGGAACAGCUGGCGCUGAGGAAUGCCCUUCGGUACUUCCCCCCGGAUGUCCAGGAGCAGCUGGCCCCAGAGUUUGCCCAGGAACUGCGACUGUACGGGCACAUCUACAUGUACCGGUUCUGCCCUAACUUGGAAAUGAAGGCCUACCCAGUGGAGCAGUACCCCUGCCGGACUAAAGCCGCUGCAGCCAUCAUGCAUAUGAUCAUGAACAACCUGGACCCUGCCGUGGCCCAGUUUCCCCAGGAGCUCGUGACCUAUGGAGGAAAUGGGCAGGUGUUCAGCAACUGGGCUCAGUUCUGGCUGACAAUGUCCUACUUGUCACAGAUGACGGAGGAGCAGACGCUGGUCAUGUACAGUGGGCACCCGCUGGGCCUCUUUCCCAGCAGCCCUGGGGCCCCAAGGCUGGUCAUCACCAAUGGGAUGGUGAUUCCCAACUACUCCUCCAGGAUAGAGUAUGAGAAGCUCUUCGCCAUGGGAGUUACCAUGUACGGCCAGAUGACGGCGGGCAGUUACUGCUACAUUGGCCCCCAAGGCAUCGUCCACGGCACGGUGCUCACUGUCUUGAACGCCGGGCGUCGGUACCUGGGUGUCGAGGACCUGGCGGGCAAGGUCUUUGUCACCUCUGGGCUGGGGGGGAUGAGUGGCGCCCAGGCCAAAGCCGCAGUCAUCGUGGGCUGCAUCGGCGUGAUAGCAGAGGUGGAUGGAGCGGCCCUCAGGAAACGCUACCAGCAAGGCUGGCUAAUGGAAGUGACCAACAGCUUGGACCACUGCAUUGAAAGACUCAGGGAAGCCAGGAAGAGGAAGGAGGCACUCAGCCUUGGUUACCAUGGCAACGUGGUGGAUCUUUGGGAGCGCCUGGUCCAUGAACUGGACACAACGGGGGAGCUCUUGGUGGACCUGGGGUCAGACCAGACAUCCUGCCACAACCCCUUCAACGGCGGCUACUACCCCGUGCAGCUGGGCUUUGCGGAGGCUCAGAGCCUCAUGGCCUCCGACCCCGCUGCCUUCAAAGGCCUGGUCCAGGAAAGCCUGAGGAGACAUGUCUCAGCCAUCAACAGGCUGGCCCAGGGGAACUUCUUCUUUUGGGACUACGGCAACGCCUUCCUCUUGGAGGCCCAUAGAGCAGGAGCCGACGUGGGGAAGCCCGGUGCCAGCAAGAUGGAGUUCCGCUAUCCCUCAUAUGUCCAGCAUAUUAUGGGGGACAUAUUCUCCCAGGGAUUCGGGCCUUUCCGCUGGGUGUGCACAUCAGGGGACCCCCAGGACCUGGCGGUCACGGAUCACCUGGCCACAUCUGUGCUGGAGGAGGCCAUUUCUGGCGGAGUGAACCCCGCUGUGAAGCUGCAGUACAUGGACAACAUCCGCUGGAUCCGGGAGGCUGCCAAGCACCAGCUGGUGGUGGGCUCCCAGGCAAGGAUCCUGUACUCAGACCAGAAGGGUCGUGUGGCCAUUGCUGUGGCCUUCAACCAAGCCAUCGCCCGUGGGGAGAUCAAGGCACCAGUGGUCCUGAGCCGAGACCACCAUGACGUCAGUGGUACAGACAGCCCGUUUAGGGAGACCUCCAACAUUCAUGACGGCUCCGCCUUCUGUGCAGACAUGGCUGUGCAGAACUUCGUGGGAGAUGCCUUUCGGGGAGCCACCUGGGUUGCUCUUCACAACGGUGGGGGUGUUGGCUGGGGUGAGGUGAUCAAUGGGGGAUUUGGCCUCGUGCUGGACGGGACCGAGGAGGCUGAGCAGAAGGCCAGGAUGAUGCUCAGCUGGGACGUCUCCAACGGAGUGGCCCGCCGCUGUUGGUCCGGGAACCGGAAGGCCUACGAGAUCAUCUGCCAGACUAUGCAGGAGAACUCAGGCUUGGUGGUGACGUUGCCCCACGAGGUGACAGAUGAGUACAUGCUGCAGCAGGCCCUGCAGGCUUGAGCAGGACUGAGAGCCCGUGGUCCCCUCCCCUUCAGCCCCGUCCUCACCUCCACUACUCACUCUCCUCUCCGAGCUUCCCACACACCUCUUGUGUCCCACCACCCCCAAGGGAAUGUCACUGUGUCCCCAUCUCACAGACGAGCCUGCUGAGGCCAGACAGGUGGGGCCUCUGCCACCUCCCCUGGGAACCCGAGUUGGUGAGGUCUUUUUAAGGGCUGGGUCCUGCCACCUGGUGGCCCAGGCCCUGUCAGGGGAACAGUAGCUGAGCCAGGCACCCACCAGCCCCUUGGAGCCACCUGCAGGUCCCCCUCCUGCCAAGGAGCUGAGUUCCUUUGGUCGGUUCUCAGCCCUCACACUGCCCUCCCUCCACCCACCUGGGUGGCCAGGGGACUGGGCAGAGGUGGGCCUGCCACCCGUGCUGGCUGUCCAUGCAGGGACACCGAUGACCUCACUACACAAAGUGGCCCAGCUUUGACCACGUUACUGUCCCCUUAGUUCUCAGUCUUAGCCUUGGAUGGGCCCAAGGCAGGUUAACAGAUGACCCAUCCUGAACAAAAAGUUAAGAGAUUGGGGACAGAGCUCCAAGGGGCUGCAGAAAGCCUGACACGCCUCCCUUCCCGCGUCUAGCUGGGGGCUGAGUCCUCAACCUUCAGCACUGCUUGUCUCCUCCCAGUGGCCAUUCUGCCUUUUCCUGGACUAGCAAAACCCCAGUGUUGUCUGGACAGUGAGAUACACAGAAAAAGUAGUUGAUUUUCCAGCACUCCCUGUAAUUAGGAGUGACCACUGGCCUAGUUCUAGCCCAUGGGGAGCCUGUUGUGGGACUUCUGGGAAAGCUGUAAUAAAAAUGGACAGAUAGGGCUGGA